AUGGCUGAUAAAUUCCCAGAAAUUGAUGAUGUUGAAGUUCAACAAGAUGAUGUUGGUGAAGAUUUCCUAUCAAGAGAGAAAGAAAUACUAGGUGAUGAUGCAGAACAAUUCAAAACCGAGCAAGAUGAUGAAUAUCUAAAUGAAGAUAAAGAUGACGAAGUCAAGAAAUUUGAACAGCAAUUCCCAGACGUUGGUGAAUCUGAACAAGAAUCUACAAAAGAAGCUGAAGCUGAAGAAGAAGAGGAAGAGUUUUCAGAACCAGCUUUCAACCCACCAAAAGGUGAAUCAGAUGCUGUUAAAGAAUGGAGAGAACGUUACAAUCUAGAAAUUUCUAAAAGAGAUGAAGCUGAUGAAAAGAAGGCUAAAGAAACUAAAGAAACCGCAGAAAAACAAUUAGAUGAUUUCUACGAUGAUUACAAUAACAAAAAAGAUGCUGAUAUUGAAAAAGCUAGAAAUACCGAAAAAGAAUUUUUGGCCAAAAGAGAUGAAUUUUUCAGUAAAGGUGAUGUUUGGAGCAGAGCUUUAGAAUUAACAAAAGAUGUUAAAGGUAAUGAAAGAUUCAAAGAAUUGCUAGAAGCUAAAAGUAAAGCAACUCAAUCAUGA